CAACAACAACAAGAGUUGCGCCCGUAUACGGCCCCAUUCUUUUUUUGAGACGACGAAAACAUGAUACCGAAUUCCAGCAUUGCAUGAUUUAUCGACACGAAUUCACGAAAAACAAGAACGCGCGAAUGCCGUCUCCGCCAUCAAUACAGCGACGGUAUAGACGACCGAAACGAAACGCGUCAAUAGACGGAUUUUUACACGAGCCGAAUGCCAGACUCGUCGGGGAUUGAGGAGUUGCCGCCUUUGAGUGACCGAGAUAUCAACAUCCUCUUCCAGAUCGUAUCCGACGCGCAACAAUCGCCAAACCCUCCCUUCCGAGCACUUUUCGCAGCAUAUGACAAAGUCCUUGCGCAACAUGGCAUUGCGCAGGAACACGAUGGACGCUUCUUCCGCUACCUUUUGCGCUUGGGCGAGGGCCGCGCUCACAAUUCUCGUUCCUUGAUGUCCAAGUUGCGCAAGUUGCUCGCCAAAUUCGACAUACACAUCGUCGUACAAGAUGAUCAAGACUUCGAAGAUGAUGAAGGUGUGGAUUUGUCUCCAGCCGACGACCGACCAGUGCAAGAGCUAGGAACUGGCAGCGGAAGAAGAAGUCGCAGGGCGAGCUUCAAUGACACAGGACUCGAUGAGACUUGGCUUAGUGGUGGACGAUUGGAAACUGCUCAACCCGGACACAUCCCACGCAACUCAUUCGAUAACCUUUCGCGCAGCCAGACGCCCUCGAUCAAUGCGCCGCCCGUCUUGAAUGCAUCGUCCUCUCGAGGCAGGGUGCAUGUACAACCUCAAUCACACCCUCGAAGGAGUCACUCCCUGUCAACUCAAGACAGUGUCAGGGCUUCGCGCCCGCCGCCACCAGAGCCUUGGGCUCGCCCUCAACCCCCACUCGACUACCAGAACGGCGCGACCGACGACGAUACCGAGUCCGACUUCCCUAGCUCUCCGCCUGUUUUGUCGCCAAACUACCAGCCCCCGAUCCAUGAAUUUCUCGAAGAAGAGAUGGAAGACGAAGCCGAUUCUUUCCUCUACAUGUCACAAGUAAAGACUGCUCGGCGAUGCCUACACCGCUUACAUCAAGAGUCCUCCCGAAACCGUCACUUAGCCAUUGUUGCCCAGAAUCACGAUGAGCGCCUUCUCAAAGCCCAAGCUUUUAGCAUUUGGGCCGCAAAACUAUCCGAAAUUCGUCAAGCUGCUGAGACAGAACAAUUCUUUGAGCAGUACGAGAAAAGAGCGACCAGGGCAAGAGACCUGUUCUUGUUGAACAAAGCUUUCACACACUGGGCGCAGUCCACAAGUGACGAGAUUGCCAGAACAUCUGUUGCUAGAAGACACAUUUUGCGCACUCGCUACUUCAACGCUUGGCGCGAUAUCACUGCUGUCAAUGAUCUCAAGUGUCGACGUUUGGGCUUGCGAAAAUGGUUCUCGGUCUGGAGAACAAAUGCAGCUCGCAAAGCCAUUGACAACGAGCGGGCUGUUGCGAUAUACGAAGAGAAUUUGGUCCGAAAAACUUGGUGGAAAUGGUUUUGGGCUUUCUGCGAACGCAAGGCUCCUAUUUGGCGUGAUUAUCGUCUUAAGCAGUCUUGCUUUCACCGUUUGACAGGUGCUGUUGGGCGUCUCCGACAACAUCACGCUUCUGCUGAACAUACACGUGACGCCAGUCUGCUCAGGAAGACCUUUGGUAUAAUGGUUGCGCGUCGAAAUGCGAUUCAAUCAAUGAACCAGAUCGCAGAAGAGCAACACCAGACAAAUGUGGUAGGCAACUGCUUCCACCAUCUGGUGAAGGAGUCCAAAUUGGGGCACGCAUCGAAGGAGAUUACCACUGUUGUGUCAAGGCGGGUUCUGACCACAGCUGUUUCAGUCUGGCGCACGAAUGCCCACCUUUCCCAACAAGCCACUGCUGCAGAUCGGCAACGCAUCUUGCAAAACGUAUGGAGGAACUGGAACGACAACCUUCGAGCUCGUGCACUUGCUUCGAAGAUCGACGAUCGAGUUGUGCUCGAAAACUUGUACAAAUGGGUCUUGCAUUCUCGACUCGCUCUCUUCCGCCGUGUUAUGGACAACAGACUGCAAGAACGUGCACUGCAAACUCUAAGUCUGAGGUUGUCCGAGCAGCGUUUCCACCUCGAAGAAGCCGCAAUGAUCUUCCACGAACACAAGCGUAGACGCAUGAUGGCUUCUGUGAUGCUUCGAUUCCACGGCAUCUCUAGGGCUGACGAGAUGAUGGAGCGACAAGCACUGGAGUUCAAGAACACUCGUGUCAUGAAUGCCGUUCUUCCAUACUGGGUACACCGAACACAACACUUGAUGAAGUUGAAUCGCUGGUCAAAUGAUGCUAGAUUCUACUGUUUGGCCAGCAGCACACUCAAGAAGUGGAAGGAAGCUACAGCCGAAGCCCAGCGAAACAAACGCAGAGAUGCCUAUGUUGAGAUGAGAAGUCGUAUCAAGCUUCGCAUGGUUCGCAACAGUUUGGCUGCUUGGAGAGAAAGGACAAAUAUCGUCAAACAGCUUGAUGAAGUUGCUAUUGAUCGCGCUAAUAAUCGUCACAUCAACGCCGGCACUGCCAUCUUCAACUUGUGGCGCGACAGAACCCAGCAAAACAACCAGUUGACCAUACAAGCCGAAGAGUUCUCUGCGCGUGUUCUCUUUCUCCGCACUGUUGCCACCCUCGUGUCGAAGGGCCAAGAAGUCUUGCUUCAUCACGCUCAAGCUCUCACGCUACGUUCUCAAACUAUUGAUCUGCUCGCAACAGAAACACUCAAGAAGCUCAAAUGGGCACUGUUCUGCCAUCGACGCAGUCUUGACUCUGCAGCAGCACUUGAACAGCGCAACGCUCAACAACAUCGUAGGAAUAUGUUGAGAUAUUGGGCCGAGCAGGCUUCGAGAAGGAGAGCAGCGAGGACAUUACCACUACCCCUGGAUCCUCAGCAGGACGACCUACCCGCAUCUCCCACAAGAGCCCGAUCACCAGCUAUCGCGUCCGCGCCCACGCCUGCCCCCAUGCCUCUCGUACCGUCAUCAAAUCUGUUCAGCAGUCUACGAUUACCUUCCGCACGCAAAACUCCAGCACCGGCGCCUUUGUCUGCACAAAGCCGUCUCGCACCCCUCCUCGACGACGAUGAAGAAUCAGAUGUAGAGGAAAUGGACUUCGGUGCCACGCACAGAGCCGAAGAAUGGACAUCGUUUGAUGUGUUGCGUGAUGUGAUGAACAGGCCUGUUCCAUCGUUCCAACCUGCGCCACAACAGCAGUUUUUCCAACAGCAAAAUGGCAAUGGUAAACAGCCAGCUCAGCGCUUCGACAGUGUGCUUGCUUCGACGCCGGUACCAGGAUAUAUGGCAAGGACACCUAGCAAACGUCAACGUGCUAAAGCACUAUCUUCGAUCCCGUCGUCUACGCAGGGAGUGAAGAGGGAAGUGGUUGUUUCUACUACACCUGCCCCCGCCAUCAAAACUACUCCUGCGCCGAUGAGGAACAACAACGUUAAAACUCCGCAAGUCACGCCUUUUGAACGCAAAAUGCGAAAAGGAGGGUACGGUAGUUCGUUGGGUAGUACAGGUGGUGGUGUAGGUCUGGCUGAAGAGAGUUUCACACCUGCUACCUUUCGCAGGACGAGAUUUGGUGGGGCACCUGGGCUGGCUUUGAACGGGAGUGCAGCACAGCAGACGGGGAGGAGUGUCCGAUUCUUUGACGUCGGAGAAGCUAAAGAAGAAGUGGAUGGAAAAGAUGGGGCCUGAGAAUUCGGUAUUAGUUUUGAUUUCUUGAUACCCCUUUUUUCUGGUCAUGAUCUCAAUGAGAUUUAUCUUUCGAUUACUGUUCCGAAUUCUUCCUUCCGAUCUCCUGCUUGAUUUAUUAUGCUGAUUAUCAUCCGAGAUUGCGUUGAUUCAUUGCUCUAUAUCUUACAUGAAUGC